AUGGAGCCCAACAGUCCCAAAAAGAUCCAGUUUGCUGUGCCCUUAUUUCAGAGUCAGAUAGCACCUGAGGCAGCCGAGCAGAUCAGGAAAAGAAGACCCACACCAGCAUCUCUUGUGAUUCUCAAUGAGCACAAUUCACCAGACUGGAAAGAUAGGAAGGGACCAAAUGUUCAGGGAGAACUAGCACCUUCACAGAAUGCAUCUCCUAAGCAGAGGAAGCAGAGUGUGUAUACGCCUCCUGCUAUGAAAGGAGUUAAACAUCUGAAAAACCAGAAUGACUCAGCAUUCCCAGAGGAAGAAGAAGGAGUUAAUGAAAGAGAAGAACAGUGGGACCACUAG